UUUAAAAAACUGGAAAUCACACAAAAUUUAAUAUAGCUGCAUGAAAUUUUAGUGAUAUCUUAAUAGCUCAUGUUAACACUACAUUUUACUUAAAACAAUUAAAUAUGUGCUUUUGUGAAUCACUCACCGAAUUACUUGCCGUAUAUGUACUCGGCGCAUAUAACUCGGUACCAGCUACUGUUUACAAAUCCACAACACCAGUAGCACUAUCAGCAGUGAGAAAAGAAAUCGUCAUCAUUUAGAUUGGAUAUUCCAGUUGGCUGUGAUAUUCGCUGGACGAUGUCGGUGAAAAUAUGACUAUUUUAUAAGACAAAUAUUAGCCGACAAUGAACGCAACAACAAAAUACUCAACUAAAGUACAACAUUAAUUUGGUUUCCAAGAGGUAUGCAAAGGAAAUGAAGAAAACGGAAGUACUUUUCUAUUCAACGGGUGGUUUCAAGGUCAGGGCUACAGCUAAGACCACCCAUCCAUCCUUCCACCCACCCAUCUACACUUCGGCCUCAACUAUACAUCAAUUACAACCUUUUUGAACCAACAUGUCCAGUGUAAAUACGCAACGUCAAGGCCGAUGGUAUUUUGGUGGUAUUGCCAGUGCUGGUGCGGCUUGUUGUACACAUCCUUUGGAUUUAAUUAAGGUAACGCUGCAAACACAACAAGGAAAAUUAUCUGUGCUACAAAUAACGGCGAAAGUAGUACGAGAGCAAGGCGUGCUGGCACUUUACAAUGGCCUGUCUGCUUCCGUCCUUCGUCAAAUGACGUACUCAAUGACACGUUUCGGCAUUUAUGAGGCAGGGAAGAAGCAAAUCAAUACCGAUACAUUCCUUGGCAAAAUCACCUUAGCUGGGUUAGCUGGCACCGCAGGCGGUAUUGUUGGCACACCAGCUGAUAUGGUGAAUGUACGCAUGCAAAAUGAUGUCAAAUUACCGCCCGAACAGCGCAGAAACUACAAAAAUGCUUUCGAUGGUUUAAUUAAAGUUUUUCGACAAGAAGGUUUUACGCGUCUGUUUUCUGGCGCUACUACUGCCACCGGCAGAGGAGUGCUUAUGACAAUUGGUCAAAUAGCAUUUUAUGAUCAAAUCAAAACAACACUGCUUUCCACACCAUACUUCAAGGACGACUUGGUAACACAUUUUUCUGCCUCUCUGGCUGCUGGUGCAAUUGCGACAACUUUGACACAACCAUUGGAUGUGCUCAAGACACGUUCGAUGAACGCCAAGCCUGGUGAAUUUAACGGUCUGUGGGACAUUGUCAAGUUUACAGCACGUCUGGGACCACUCGGAUUCUUCAAGGGCUAUAUACCGGCCUUUGUACGUUUGGGGCCGCACACCAUACUCACAUUUGUAUUGCUGGAGCAACUACGUUUGAAUUUUGGCAUUUUACCAAAAGUAGAGACUUCUGUAGUCGUUGCACAAUAAACAGGCGAACGGCACAAAACACAAAUUCACAUACAUACUUAUAUAACGCAGCUACUAAGCACAAACAAAAACGUGACUCAACAUAUAAUAUGAUACAAAUGAAAUCUAAAAACGCUUUUGAUGUUUAGCGCACUCUAUGUGUUUUCUAGAACUAUUUUAUGUCGUACAAAAUGCAAUAAGUAUCAGUCAGCUCAUGGCCAUUGGACACACUUAUAUUCGUUUGUUUUAAAUAUGAAAAUGUAAGCGCAUUUAGAACAAAUUGUGGUUUAUUGCAUCCUUAAAGAAUAAUUUAGAAACUUUUACAAAUUCCAUCGAAACAAUGCUAUGUACAUAUGUAUCUAUAAAGUUUACGUACAUAUGAGUACUUGUAUAUAUAAAGUGGAAAUGCAUACACAUAUAUAUAUAUGAUAUAUAUGUACAUUUAAAAUUGUAAUGUUUUCUCUUUUGUUAAGUCAUAAAAUGAAAAUAUGAUUUGUAUACUCAUUACAAAUGUAAAAUUAUUUCCAUUCAUUUUAGUUCUUGUGCGUUGAUAACGGAAACUAUACUAUGCGAAUAUGUAUUGUGUUAUGUUCAGGAUGCAAUUCACCGUUGUUACACAUAUUUUAUUUAUAUAAUGAUUCGCAUUAAAUGCAAGGCUAUUAACAACUGACAUUCCUAUUCAAAUAAAUACUAUUGUAUUUGCAAAUAUGUAAUAUGUAAAUGUAUGGCAUUAGUAUAUAAUAAAUAAUUUAGCUAAAUAGUUACUAAGACGCUUGCUCUAUAACACAAGGCAUUGCCUUAGCGUUCAAAUUGUUAAUUAUGUUUCCAUGACUAAAGAAAUAAUGAAUGUACAUAAUAUAUUUCAACAAUUUUAUUAAAUAUA